CUACGCUAGUUAAAGAUGCUUGUUUUUUGACCAGGAAUGUCUUCUGUACAAAUAAAGCGAGGGAUUUUUGCACAAACACUAUAGCUCGCAAUAGUGCAAUGUACACUCGGGACGUGCACCGUGGAUUCGUUGGUGGAUGUUACUGAAGAACCCGGGGCUCUCCUUCGCGAUAGGGUGGCUGUUUUCUCUCUGACAAUUCUCCUGUAUUUCCGGAUGUGAGGCCUGGGAUAAAUCGUAGUUUAUCGCAGGCACGGGACGUUCAUUUUUCUCGUCCUAAAUUUGAUUUAAAAAAGACGAAACACGCCAUGCAACGGAGCUCUGAUGCGUCUUUGACAAAUGAGGAAAAAUCUACAUUCAGAUUGGAGCAAGAAUGCAUAAAUGUAUCAUAAACCAAAUGUGCGGUUGUUUCGCAGGAUGGAUAUGGCUAAGUUUUUAAUAAAUAGGCCACUUCCACUUUCCGUUAGGCUGAAUGAAUAUAUUUGAACAGAAAACAUACCGGCGAAUGGACUGGUGACUUUACCAUCUGUCUAAUAUUCUCGCUGUCUUAAAUUAUAAUAUUAAUAGCCUACUAAUAACUAAUAAGAAUUAGUUUGCUGUUGUUCGGAGCUAUUAUCAAAACGCUUUUCUGAUAAAGUAUCGGCCCAAAUAGUGACAGAUCUGACCGUGUUCCCUCAUCAUUUAACGUUACAUAGCCCGGGUCGUUUAAAUAGCAACAACAGCGGUUGUUUUAGCAUAAAGCCUCGGCUGGACACAUUCGCCAGUUCUUUUAGUUUUAUAUAUUUACGAACGGAAUAUGUAACCGAUGCAUUUCGAUCAACUUUAAGGAGACGGCAGAUGUUUGGGAGUAGGCCACGGCAUUGACAUCACGCAUCAGCAUCCCUGUGUCAUCGCUCACCGCCUGUGAUGUCUGUACGGCGGAGCUUUUAUGUGAUCAGGACAGAUUUGAAAACACGCUGAUUUUUCCCACUCACAUUGUGACAUAAAAUCGCAUUUGAACGAAAUGUCCAGUAAGGAGUUGUCGGGGAGUCAGGCAGCUCAGUAUGUCGGGCCCUAUCGACUGGAAAAGACGCUGGGAAAGGGCCAAACAGGUCUGGUGAAGUUAGGAGUUCAUUGUAUUACAGCACAGAAGGUGGCCAUAAAGAUAGUUAACAGAGAAAAGCUGUCAGAGUCUGUUCUUAUGAAAGUGGAGAGAGAGAUAGCUAUUCUUAAACUAAUAGAACACCCUCAUGUCCUUAAACUGUAUGAUGUGUACGAGAAUAACAAAUAUCUGUAUUUAGUACUGGAGCAUGUGUCUGGUGGGGAGCUAUUUGACUACCUGGUAAAGAAAGGCAGAUUGACCCCUAAAGAGGCUCGGAAAUUCUUCAGACAAAUCAUAUCUGCUCUGGACUUCUGUCACAGUCACUCUAUAUGCCACAGAGAUCUUAAACCUGAAAACCUCCUGCUGGAUGAGAAGAAUAACAUCAGAAUUGCUGACUUUGGUAUGGCUUCCCUACAGGUUGGGGACAGUCUUCUGGAGACCAGUUGUGGAUCACCUCAUUAUGCAUGUCCUGAGGUCAUCAGGGGUGAGAAAUAUGAUGGACGCAGGGCAGAUGUGUGGAGCUGUGGAGUAAUCCUCUUCGCUCUUCUGGUGGGAGCCCUACCCUUCGACCACGAUAACCUGCGGCAACUGCUGGAGAAGGUGAAGAGUGGAGUGUUUCACAUGCCUCACUUCAUUCCUCCAGACUGUCAGGCUCUCCUCCGUGGCAUGAUUGAGGUCAACCCUGAGAAACGCCUGACGUUGGAAGAAAUACAAAAGCACGCCUGGUAUCAAGGGGGCAGGAAUGAGCCGUGUCCAGAGCAGCCUCCCCCGAGACGCGUGUGCGUAAAGAGGAUUCUGUCUCUUACCGAUCUGGACCCUGAUGUUCUGGAGAGUAUGCAUUCCCUGGGCUGCUUCAGAGACCGUGUUAAACUCACCAGAGACCUGCAGUGUGAAGAAGAAAACCAGGAGAAGUUGAUCUACUAUCUUCUGUUGGACAGGAAGGAGCGUUACCCCAGCUACGAAGAUGAACAUCUUCCACCCAGAAACGAUGUUGAUCCUCCUCGUAAGCGAGUAGACUCGCCCAUGUUGACCCGUCACGGGCGCUGUCGGCCGGAGAGAAAAAGUCUAGAGGUACUGAGUGUAACAGAGCAGGGCUCUCCGACACCUCCACGCAGAGCACUGGAUACCUCUGCACAUAGCCAGAGAUCCCGAUCGGUUAGCGGAGCUUCAACCGGCCUCUCGUCUAGUCCCCUCAGCAGCCCUAGAAGCCCAGUUUUCACCUUCAGCCAAACUGAAGUCACCUCUGCUUCCGCCACCCAGUCCAAAGACCCCAAAGCAGGAAGUUCCACCACGCCCCGGGUGUCCCAACGCGUGCCUGACCAAAAGACCCAGACCCUACCAUCCAAAGCCCCCUCCGAGCGCCCCCACCUGCAGUCUAUGAAGUCCCUCCCCCUGCAAACUCCUCCGUCUCCCUCCCCUUCCCCCUCUCCGCUCCUGUCCCCCAUCCCUCGCUUCUUCUUCCCCACUCCUUCUGUCCUGAAGUCUGUCACUAAGACCAUCUAUCCUAACUCUGCCCAUGUGUCGCAGGUUACCCCACAGGGCUCCCCACUCCCCACCCCUCUGGGGACCCCUGUGCACCAUCCCCAGCACCCCCCUCCCACCCCGCCCUCUUCCUCCUCCUCUUCUUCCUCCUCACGAGCUGAAGGGGGUGGUGGUGUGGGUGGUGGUUCCCUCUCCCUAACUCCACCCUCCAGCCCUGGGGGGAGCGGUGGAAUGGCUUCCAGUAGCUCCGCCCACUGGAGGACACGCCUCAAUUCUUUCAAAAACAACCUUCUGGGUUCACCGCGCUUCCACCGCCGAAGGCUACAGGUUCCUACAUCAGAGGACAUGUCCAGUUUAACACCAGAGUCCAGUCCUGAGCUGGCCAAGAAAUCCUGGUUUGGAAACUUCAUCAGUCUGGAGAGGGAAGAGCAGAUCUUUGUUGUGAUUAGAGACAAACCGUUGAGCUCUAUCAAGGCUGAUAUUGUCCACGCCUUUUUAUCAAUUCCCUCCCUGAGUCACAGUGUCAUCUCUCAGACAAGUUUCCGUGCAGAAUAUAAGUCCUCCGGAGGUCCGUCCGUCUUCCAGAAGCCUGUCAAAUUUCAGGUCGACAUCGCCUUCUCUGAGGGAGAGAGAGAGCGAGAGAGAGAGAAAGAGAGAGACAGAGAGAGAGAAGGAAGGAGGGAGACUGGCAUCUACAGUGUCACCUUCACCCUCUUAUCAGGCCCAAGUCGCAGGUUUAAGAGGGUGGUAGAGACCAUUCAAGCUCAGCUUCUCAGUACCCACGACCAGCCCUCUGUGCAAGCGCUAGCAGAUGAGAAGAAUGGGCUUUCGUCUCGCCCACCCAGCACACCAACCCGUCAAAACUCUCGUCGUUCGGAGGGCGGGUGCGAUCGCGGUGAGCGAGCGGAACGAGGAGAAGGGAGCAGUAUUGGGGGUAGCGGAAGCGUUCUACAAAGAAAAGGGUCUGGCAAGGAUAAAACUCGUCUCCUUUCCUCAAAUGGAACGCAGUCUCAGCCCUAAGUAAACUAUUUAGAAACGCUAUGGAGCGGGUGGGGAGGAGCCCCAUCCCCUGAUAUCCCCCAGACACGACUCCCUCAUAGACCAUCUGCACAACAAAUAAAAACAGGUAUAUUCAGCCCCGGUUCUCACAUCACUAGUGGAAUUCCUGAGGUCCAGCUGCAAUAGUAGGAGGGUCAGGAGUCAAUCCACAUGGAAGUGUUCUUACUCCUUGUCUGUAACAAAUGCAAUUAAUCACCUGAAGAACCAGAACAGCACCGAUGAUAUCACUUAUCCUUCAUCUGAGCAAAGGAUUUGACAAGAUUUAUCAACGUAAACCUCAACUAUGAAUCGUUUACCCAGCAACACUACAAACAAGGAGUUUGACAUCCAUUGUCCGGUGAUCUAAUAGCAACAAACUAUACAUGCAUCCAAACAAACAAGUGGGUCAAGAACGAAUGUCUCCCAAACGUCAUCAUCCUCAUCAUAAUUUUUACUACUAUUAUCAUAAGCAAUGGUCCAUGUGCAAACCUGAAUAUCAAAUUAUCACAAUGAGCUGUUUGAGAACAGAAAUAUGUAAAUUUCUUAACUCUAAAUUCUAAUUCCCCGGAGCAAAAACAGGAAUUCCCAAACGUCUUGUCAAGUAAGGGAUAUAGGGAUUUGUUAAGUUCGGGAAUAAGAUAUACAGUUUGUUACCCCAAAACACUACAUAAGGUUUUGACAGUCCUAUGUGGCAAAAACUCUAUGAGGUAAGCCAAGAUUAUGCCUCCUUCCUGAAGAAAAUAGUGCUAUUCAUUCAAACCUGGUUUAGAUCCCGAACUUCGUAAUAUGCCUGUAGAUCCAGAAAUCGGCGUGCUGUGGAGAAAAAGCUACUGUUUGUCGCUCAGAAAAAAUUGGUCUGUUGUAGGUCAAAGCAUCUCAAAUCGACCUCCUCGCUCACUAAGUAGAGCACAGGAGAUGAGGAGGCAUCUAAACUUCCUAUGACAUGUUCACACAGAAAUUGAACAAGAGGAACAUUUUUGCAAGAGUCAAGGUCUCUUGUGUUUAGAAUGAGGUGAGGAGAGGAAAAAGAAACUUAAAAGCCCCUACUUUUCAUGUGAUGCUUGCUAAGACUUUCAAGAUGUAUAGAACUCAGAUGAACACUUUGUUUUUAUUUUUGAGCUUAAGCCGAGGUGUAAAAUGUUUGCCAUCAACAAAAAGGAAAAAAAUGAAUGUCACAACAAAUGAAGAUUUAUUUAUUUAUUUAUUUUUAUUUAUUUAUUUCAAAUUAGAUGGAUAAAAAGAGUGUUCAGGCCGAAGUUGACUGGGGUGGACUAAUAAAGCCACAAUUUAGAUUUCAAUGCUGCAAAAUCUCCUUCUAAUAUCCUUUUCAUUAGCCAAAAUUUGCCCAUCUCAUUUUCAUUUCAUUUGGAAAAAGAAGCAACUUCACAACGGAGGAAGCUAGAGAACAAUUUUGAAAAGUGGGAUGUCUCCAAUGGAAUGGAAUAAACCCUCCAGGAUGUACAAUGUAGACAAAAGUGAACCUUACGGAACCGGAGGAACAAAGCAGAAGCCAGGCAGGAGUUUUCCAGCCCUCUGUGUUCACCCUCCAUCUUUGAGAAUGUUACCCAGACCAGAGCCCAAAGUUUCGGACUCGUGUGUACCAGGCCAGUCCUUUGUACUAGACGCGAGCAGUAUUCUCUCUUUUUUCACACAUGUACACACACACACACAGAGACACGAAUAACUGUUGAUGAGAAGACUCUCUUUCUCAGAACUCAUAUUAUAAAACAAAAUGAAUGAUAACUGGACUUUGAACCUGGAAUGCACUGUCCUUAAAAGAGAAUUGUAUUGAAACAAAUAGUUGUCCCUGUCCUUGCCCACCCUUGGGGAACGAGGUGUCUUAAUUGCAAAGUCACUGGGGCUCAUUCCAUUUACAGUUGGGAGUGAGGGAAAAAUGAUCCUGAAUAUCCACUUUAACUUUAAGCUCUUUGUCCAAUGAGCCCCUGCCCUGUAGCCCGGAAUCUAACGUAACGCUCCUUUCUUCCUGCCCUCUCGGUCCUCGCUUUUCCUGACGUGAAGAGCACUAAAUGCAAAGCAAGGUUCUGCUCUGGUCCUCCCUCUGCCACUCUCUCAUAACCGUGACAUAUAGUCCCCAAAAUAGACAGCCGAUAAGAAUAGCGUAAUGAUAGACAUAUAUACACUUCAGCUUCAGACUGUUUUGUCAUCAUGUCCUGUGCGUCAUUAUGAUGUUUUAAAUGAUAGCACAUUGAAUCUAGAUGCAACGUCGCAAAAACGACUAGUCAAUCUGUUGAAUGUUUAGGAGCAUUGUUCAUUAUAGUAAGGGGUAGAUCCUUAUUUUAGUACACUCCAAAUGCCUUAAAUCCAAAUAUACAAAAUGGUUAGCAUGUGCACUCUCAAACAUGCUCAGGGUCACGGUCGGACCCCAUCAUUUGCGAAUGCCCAAGAAGCAGAGGAAACGCCAGAGCAAAACCCUGAAGAUGUUCUAUGUUCAAUGAUGUUAAUUCUCAGGCAGGGUACGUCUGGGAGUGUGCAAAUACAGACUGUCUGGACACCAGCUUUGAGUGAAUGUGAAAUACACACCACAUACUUUCUCUGUGUUCAUGACACCCUCCUGCUCUGUGUUCUUACCUGGAUGUGUCCGAACCUUCUCCCGUUCACAGUAUGCACUGAAUGAUAUUCUGUUUUUGUCACUCGCAUUGCCCUCGAAACGCAUUCACCACAAGUAUCACAUGUAUCCUUCGUCUUUACUUAUUUACCAUACAUUAUAUACCACGUCCUUAUCCCUCCCCCAGUCAUAGAGUUAUACUUUAGUCCAAGCCCUUUCCCUCUUCUAUCAUUAUAUACAUGCGCCCUGCCUGCCCCCAAUGUAUGCUCAUCUCCCCAAUCUCUGUUCAUUGUAAACAGAAAAUAUUACUCAUAUCUUCAUUCUUUAUCCAUUCAAUAUUCACCUGAUGAUUAUUGAUUAUCUUUGUCGUCAUUACUGAUUACUCCUCUUAAGAUUGUAAAGCUGUACUCUUUCUUCCCCAUUGCGCACAGUAGGAACUUUUUUAAUGAGAAAUGCAAGUCAUUAAAUUGGAGGGAAAAAAGAAUGACAAGAAAAUAAAUGUCUGUGUUAUAAUAAAAAAUGAAAGUGCACUAUUAUUAAUGCCUGUGAUAAAGAACAAUAAACAAUACAAAAACGUUUCUGUGCAAUUCA